AUGCCUCCAAAAACAUCCAAACUUAAACGACCAGCAAGCCCAUUAUCAUCAUCAACAUCAUUAUCAUCGUCCCCGGAUAUUCGAGCUGGUCUUUUCGACUGUUACAGCUUUUUGGCUCCAAAUGAAUAUUCAAAUAAAACAUUUGGUUUACUUGCAUUUCUUCUACGAAAUUCAGUUGGUGAAAUUAAUUUCUCUUAUAUUAUCGACGAAGCAGAAAAGAAAAGUCAACGAGAUCAUGAUAAAAAUGGUGAAGAAAAACUAGCAAAUGAAGUUGUAAAACUGCUAAAAGUAGAACGAGAGAAAUUAACACCAAACGAUGUUUCAAUUGAAAAAGGUCUAAUGUUAACUCGAUUAAUAUCGUAUAUACAGGAGAACGGACAAAAAUUUAUAUUACUUCUAUCCGAUAUUCGAAUGGAUAUGAGACUAAAAAUGCUUGAUACUUCGACAAAUCAACCAAUUUCAUAUCCUAAUGAUUUUCGUCAACGUGAACACGAUUUUGAUCAUCGAAAAAAUGCUCAAGAUAUUAGACGUCUUUUCUAUUUCACUCAUGAAGACUUAAAAAACCCACCAAGUUUAAUUUCAUUACAGAAUAAAGUAACUGAACAUUUAAAUUAUGUGAUUGAUUGUAAAAUGCGAUAUGAAUCAAAGUUUCGAGAUACUGGUAUUAGAGAAUGUUUGGAUAUAAUUAAUAAUUCAUUUAUGAUUGUUGAUCAACCACAUUGUGGUUUCAAUUCAGCAACAGUUUAUGAGAGAACAGCGCCUGGUGAAUAUAGAACUAAAGCGUCAGUAACUAUAGUCUCAUUAUUACAUGAUUUUAUGGAAACACAUCCAAAUUUAAUCGAAAUUCAUUCUAUUAGACCAAGUUUUCUACUAUCAUCCGAUAAAUAUGAACUCGCAAAUCCAGAACCAAUGUCAUGGAAGAUUUGUGAAUUACAAGCAAGUCCACAUGAUAAACCUCAACGGAUACGAUAUGCUGAAUUAUCAGAUCUUAUUAUUAAACAAGCAAAUAAAAAUGAUAAACAUGUACAUUUUGCUCAAAAAUUACAUUCACUGCAGUUUAAGUUUGACGUUCAAAUUAAUCUGGCUGAAUAUCGUUUUUCAAAAAUUCAUCAAAUUUCAUUGAGUUCUUCAUUAUUUGCUAUUGCUAAUCAUCAUUCUCAAGUUCCACGAUUAUUAACACGUGUUAUCUUGAAUGACAUUCAAAGAUUUACAAAAACUGAAUUACCUGAAAUUCGAACAAUUAUACAUUAUAUGGAACGCUAUUUUAUUUAUCGAAUAGGUAUUCCGCCGUGUGCACAAACUAGAGCAUAUCUACAAGAAGAAUUAGAAAAGGCUCAAAAAGAAAGAAUAAAUUAUCCAACAUUAGAAGAACGUUUCACAGAUUUUCUUACAUCGUAUGUUCAUCAAAUAGAUUUUAUGGCUAAACAUCCAGUACUUUCUAUGAUGUAUACUGAUAGACUAUUCCUUGGCAUAUGCAACAGUGACAAAGUAGCAGAAAUUGUGAAUAAAUAUUCGACUAUGACUUCGCCAGUAAUUGCAUUUCGUAUGAAUAGUAUUAAAAUUAAUUAUGCAAACAUUGCUCAAAAGUCGGUUGUCAACAGACUGAUUCUACCUGAUUCAUGUGCUAUUCGCAACAAUAUCUAUAAUCAUCAUAAAGGAACAUCAGAACAAUUAACACUCGAUACCGCAAAACUUUCACAAGAAUUAAGCAAACUUGUAUUCAUAGAUCACUUAGUAGAUGCCAGAAGUAUAAAAGUUUUAUCGAGUUUUAAUGAUAGAACAAAUGCGAUCGAAUAUAAAUCUUUUGACAAUUUCACUAAAUAUUAUGAUCCAUCAAUACAUAAAGUUUCUCUAUGUAAAGAAAGAUAUCAACCACUUGAUGAUCUGUUCAAUAUUGCUAAUGGAAUGAGUCAGUCAACGAUAUCUAGUGGUGAAAACAAUUCAAAAGAUUCACACUUAACUAUAACAAGUACAACAACUUCAAGUUCAGUAGUAAGAACUACUCGUGCAGAGAAUAUUAAUACAAACAACAUAUCUUUACUUGACAUCAAUGACAAUAAUAAUACAAUUUUAUCGCAACCUAAUGCUGUGCUAUCUCAAGCUCAAAAGUAUCAAAUCAUAGCUGAUUACGUUCUUUCAACUCCAGAGCUUCUUGCAGAAGUUUUAUAUAAAUUAAAUACACUUAAUUUAGCUUCUACACCACAAUCAGGAUCACAACAUUCAUUGUACUCACAAAUUCAAGAUCAGAAUGCUCCGUCACAGGCAUAUAUGCCAUUUGAAAAUCAUCAGUCGUGGUCACCGACUCUUUGCCAAAAUAAUCAAAAUGCUCAAUCACCUGCAUAUAUACCAUUUGAAAAUCAUCCGUCGUGGUCACAAACUCCUUGCCAAGAUAAUCAAAAUCAAUCACAAAUUUUCUAUCCGAUUCUUCCAGCAGAGCAUCAAGUUUUCAGUCAAAGUUUUCAAGUACAAACACCAGUUAAUCAACAGGAGCAAACACAAAAUAUAAUUUUCCCGGACGAAGUAUCACUUAUGAUAACUCCUAAUUCAUCCGAUAAUGAAGAUCAAUCUGAUUCAACACGAUUGGGUUCAACGAAUGUUUUUAAUAAUAUCACUCGAUCACUUUCAACAGACGUAAAUGAUGUUUCAUUAGAUCAGAUAUUAUCAACAAUCGAUGACGAUUUUCUACCAGUACGACCAGAACGUCUUGAUACACCACUAACGAUUCAUUUUCAAUCAUCUUAG